UAUUCUGAUCUGCGGAUCAGCUGGGCGAAGCAAAAACAUCCUAAACAAUAUCUGCCGAAAAACCCAACAAGAGGCAGAUAUUACGACCUAAACGUCGCGUGAAUUCGACUUUACACGCAGAUUUCUUCUAAGAAGAAAGACCUUUUCAUAUUUUUUGUGAAUGUACUACCUCAUAAAAAGAAUACCUAAAGCUAUGCUUUAAGAUUUGUCUGUCGUUUUUAUUGUGUGGUCGUCGCGUUACAACUUGAAUCAUUUUGCAGAUCUUUGCACCACAACCAAGUGAGACCUUAAAUUGUACAGCGCCUUCUCUGAGACAGCUCUGUUACAACAAAAAAGGCCAAGACACCUUUGAUCAACCUGCCACAUUAGUGACUAUAGUUCAUAAAAUAGCUAUUUGUAAAGAAACAUUCUAAGGCAGCUAUCCCUCAGGAAAACAACUGUGACCUUUGACCUCCAAGGCAGCCAUGUUCCAACGAAUCAGCAGUCUGUUUUUUGGAAGCAUGGAGGAAGGUACUCCUGAGCUGAAGGGACCAAAGCCCUGUGUGACUGAGGCUGAUGAAGAGGGAUGGCUCCUCGUCAACCUGCCUGGCGAGGACGGGCCUGAGGCAGCCGUACGGCCAGUAGCGCAUGCCUGUCCCCGCAGUGAAUGUCAUGAACCUCAGAAAUGUGGCCCCUCCCCUCCUACCUACAAUCACCGCAGGACUAGAGCAGGCAGGAUACAGUUAGCACAUCCCAGCCCCGCCUCCAUCUGCUCCCCUCCUGAAACCACCUCCUUCUCUCACCUUGACUCAGUAGAAGUGAAUGUGUUGUUAAGCGAGCGGGGCUCGUGCUCGUGUAGUGACUGCAGCAUGGAUGAGAGCUGGUUUGUCACCCCUCCCCCCUGUUUUACUGCAGAAGGAGCGACGGCAGAGGCCAGCCCCUUGGAGGACCUGCUCAUCGAGCACCCCAGCAUGUCCGUGUAUGUCUCGCCCGGCCAUCUCCCUGCCAUGGAGGAGAGCACCUCCAGCCUGGCUGGCAGUAUCAGUAGGAUGUCUGAAUCAGCAGUGCCUGCUGUGACCAGGAGCAGUGCGGCCACACGGGUGACCCGAGGAGCAGCUGCACAGGCUGGUGGUCUGGCUAAAGUCACCCAGGUGUCCAGGGUCCAGAAAGCCAAAGCCCGCACUGAGCGUCGCCACGUGACACGCAAUCGCAUGCAACGCCAAAACCGGGUGCGCGAACAGGUCCAACGGCGCUCGACCCACAUCCGCAACUCCUUCUUGCACCAACCGUGCCAGCGCAACUUCUGCCACUGAGGCAUCAAAAGUUUACAUGGAGGGCAUUAUUACACCUAAACACCCCUAGAAACCAACAUCGCCCAACAUAUACCCUUUCCCAGUUGCCCUUGCUAAAGUCCUUAUGCUUCUUUUGCUUGUACUGGUUUUAUGUCCACAGUGUUGUUCAGUUCCAUGUUAACCAGGUUUGUCUAGCUCAUGUGUUGAGCACAAGUGAGUUAAUGUAUCUCCUCUUUGCGCUCUUAUCUGGCAGCCCAUCACCAAGCACAAUUGAGGAUCCAUAUUUUUGCUUAAGGCCCUUUAUACUGCCUAAAUGAGAUCCUGAAUGUCAAACGCACACCACAAGACUGAAGCUCAUAGCCUUGCACAACUUUAAAGACUCACAGUUUCUUGUUUUCUGUCGUGUCGGUGUGCACUUUACACAACUAAUCAGACUAGGUGCAUCAAUUAUAAGAUCAUUCUCCUGCCCAACUGCAGUUAUGGAUGAGAGUGUUGGCUUUUUUUAUUUAUUGCUUCAUACUGCCUUGCCUUCCUCUUGCGCUCUUUGACUCCCAUAGAGUUUCAUCGGCUGUUGUUCAUUGUUGCGCACUCACUUGGACAGUGUGAACACCUGACGACUGGUCAGCCAUAUUUCAAACAAGCUUGAAAUUUAUCAUAGUAAUGAGUGUGCAAAUUAGUAUAGCAUUGGCUAAAUAGAGUUGGCUACGAUCUUGGGCUUUUUGGCACGACUUAAAAUGCAACAAGCUUCAGUUCUGUAGUGUGCAUUUGGCUCAAAGUAAAAGUAGCAGUGAAUGUUGCUGAGAAGGAGAUGCAAAGAAACCCUGUAUGUAGCUCUACAUAUAACAUCCCUCUGAAUGUACAACACAGGAUGUUGGGUCUGAGAUCUAGAUCUAGUGUCGAGAUCAAGAGAUCUAGUGUCAGAACAUAAUCAGGUAAAUUUUUUGUCUGUAAAAUGAAAGAGCAAACCAUUGAAAGCUUUGUAGAAACAUGACCUCUUUCUUUUUCUCUGGCUGGUGAGAUAUCCAGAGGAGAUGUGUAUCUCACCAAUUAAAAUCACUUUUAGAAAAGCAACCACUACAGGGGCCGGUUGCACCAACUAUACGUAAGUUACAACUUAGCCUAGUUGUGGCGUAAAUGGGCACUACUUUUUACGCACUACUAAAUAUGUGACCGUUGCACCAUUAAACUUAGGUUGGACGUAACACUACAAACUAAAUAUUUACGGAAGCCUCUGACUAGGAGUAAUGGAUGGAAUAAAAAUGCAGACUAAUUUAAGCUCAUGUUUUGGUUGACAGGCUUCAGUCCUUUCGACAUAUAUGAUGAUGUUGCAUUUACACUCGUUUACAUUUACGGGAGAAAACAUUAUGUAAAAAACUUCAGCAUGAAACCGAUCUAACGGUGCACUUUCCUGUGUACUCCACCCAGUGUCAAGUUUCAACAUAUAUGAAAUAGAUAUUAAAAUGAAAUUAAAAUGAAUUAGUUUGAUUAGUAUAUUUAUUUAUUGUCCCUUAUUCAUUUUAGAUACAGUUAUUGAAUAUUGUUAUUUACAUAAGCUAAAUAUAUAAUUAAUGAAAUCUUGUUUUAUUAUGUAUCGUAUUUCAAUGCGGAUAUAAUUUAUUACAACUGAUAGCUACGACAGUUAUGAGUAAACAAGGUUUGAACAAGAUCAAACUGAAAUUCACGUCUGUUUAACACUUCUGUGUAUAAAUUUGAAGGCUGCUUAUUGGAUCAAUUAAGGUAAAUGUUAUAUGCAUCACUUUACGGAGAGCUUACGACCUACUAGUUAAGCCUUGCCUUAACAGGUGGUGCAACCAAAUUAAGUACUGGCUUAGUUACAAACUAACUAGUAGUUACUAAGCCCUUAGUGUGAACUUUACGUCUCAACUUAAGCGAGACCUUACGCACAGCUGGUGCAACCGUACUCAGGAACGGAAGAGUCGUCACUUUUGAAAAGAAGAAUGAAAAGUAUGUAGGGGAAGGUGCAAGCAAGAAUUAAACUAACUCAGUUUUGGAGCUCAUUUGUAAAGAGGUCAUUUUAAAGUAUAUGUUGCAAUCCGUACAUUUUAAACAUUGUGGUGCUAACCAAAUCUUUGUUUGCAAUUAUAUGAGCUAUCUUCCAAAAUCAAGUGAACUGCCAACCUAGACAACAUUUUAAAGAAUUGCACUCUCGACGUGAAGGUAGGCAGAAACCCUAUGCUCCCUUUUAAGACACCUCAUUUUGGCCAGAUUCUAAGGUAGCAUUGCAUGUAGGCCAAUCCUUUACAGGAAUCACAUUGUUAGCUUAGCAACAUGCUAACAGCAGCGCUAUAAGAAAGACAUACAAGUAAGAUGUCAUCAAUAGCGGUUCACUUUUGCGAUUUUGAACUGAUUACAUUCAUAACAAAUGCAAUCAGUCCUAGAAUUCAAAACACUUGAACAUUUUGAGCGCUUCAGUAUAGGACGUCUCACUGUCCAAUGGAGGGCUCCCCUUAAAUGUUUCACAUUUUGCGGCUUCAAUACAGGACUAUAUGCCUUCAGUACGUGAAGUUUUUGCCAUGUUUCGGUGUCCGAAACCUCGAAACUGAUCCCCCUCGUUUUGUCAUCAGUCUGGGAGGGUGGUCCACCUCGAGCAUUUUGUUGUUAGAAUAUGGGACACUAGGUGUCCUGAAUGGGGCCUCUAAAUUAUGGCCAAAAUACGGGAUGUGCUGGCUAAUAUGGGACAGUGGGCAACCCAACUUGAAUCGUACCCCAGACCAGCUUUUCAAGCAGACUUAAUUGUUGCUCACUUGUGUUAGGGUUGCCAAACGUCCCAUAUUUUGGCCAAAAUGAAGGCAUCCCAUACUCUAUGCCUAUUGUCCUCGACACCUCAUCCCACCCAUGCCCCCCCCCCCCCCAAUUGGCAUUGAGUACCAUAUUGAAGCAGCAAAAAAUGCUAAAAUGCUAAAAGUCCCUUGAGGAGAACCCCUGUUCUGUAUUGAGGCGCUCAAAAUCUUUAAGCAUUGCGUAUUUGCUUAGCCAAAUGUUGGCAACCCCACCAGAUUUCACAUCAACCAAACGAAACAAACUCUGGUAACAUACCAUGGUACAAAACAUACUUUUUGUUACUCACAAAAAGCACAUGAAAAGCAUGUGAAAGAACCAUUAGAAAGCAGCAGCCUACGUAUGUAGACAGCAUAAAACAAGGCAGCUCACUAGGUUUUGGAACUGAGCUAUGAUCUUUUAAUUUGACGGGAGGGUCCAUGCCAAUAAUAUGUAUCUAAAUAGAUAGACAUCUUCUAGGGAUAUACACUACCAGUCAAAAGUUUUGAAACACACUCAUUCUUUAUUAUAUUUUUUUCCUUCACAUUUAGAAUAAUAGUAAAGUCUUCAAAACUAUGGAAUAACAUAAAUGGAACUAUGGGAAUUAUGUGUGACUAAACAAAAUCCAAAAUAAAUCAAAACUGUGUUAUAUUUGAGCAUCUUCAAAGUAGUCACCCUUUGCCUAGAAUUUGCAGACAUGUACUCUUGACAUUUUCUCAACCAACUUCUUGAGGUAUCACCCUGGGAUGCUUUUUAAACAGUACUGAAGGAGUUCCCAUCUAAAUGUUGGGCACUUAUUGGCUGCUUUUCUUUAUUAUUUGGUCCAAGUCAUCAAUUUCAAAAACUUUUUUUUUUUUUUGUAUUACAUUUUAGAUUUAUAAUGAAAUAAAUUAAUAUGGUGGCACAAUUAUAUUUUUGUCUACAAAACUAAUUUCAAACAUUUAAGCAUAUGCCUUCAGAUCAAAAGAUUUUUAAGAUCAUGAGAAACAUUUCAGUCAAAACUUUUGAUCGGUAGUGUAACUGUUUUGCUUUUCCUCAAAAUUAUUAUGGAAAGCUGAAGUAUUGUUGCCUGGUAACGUCUCAUUUCAAAGUAAAAGAUCAUAGGGAAGUGUGCAGUGUCUUUACAGGUCACAUUUUCAAAAUUUAGAACUGAGGAGAGAUUGUUGUAGGUUAGAGAUUGUAGAGUUUAUAGAAAGUACAGGACAGUAUAGAUUGUGACUCUGUAUUUGCUUUAUGGAGGAUUCUUGAAGUGUGAAUCUUAUGAAACCUUUCAAGAACAAAUCAUGGUCAUAUUUGAACCUAAAAUCAGAAGAAAUAAAACCUGGACAUGUUUUUGUGUGAUUCACCCUGAAGCUCCACAAAGCAUUUGCCGUUCCUGUCCAUUGACUAAGAUGUUUCUAUGUUUCUAAGCUUCUUUGUUCAGCAGAUAAAGUUGUCCUUGUGUUAAAAUCACUGUGACUGCAGAGAGAAAGGCUACCAUUUCAAAUGCCCUUUUCUAUGUUUUUUCAAAUCAUCCGUUAUUCAGAGUCAGUUAUCUGCAUUUCAUCAUACCAUGUAACAUCGAUUAUAAGAUUGUGCUCUACUAUUUUUCUUAACAUAUUAUAUUUUAAUGUUAAAUGCCUCGCUUGAGAUGAACCCAGCACACAUACACUCACAAUAAUGCAUAUGUCACAUCCUAAAACGUGCUCUUCCUUAAUAGUCAGCAAAUACUAGGCACAUUUACAGGAAACUUGUCCACCACAUUGUGAUCUAUCUUAUGUGUAUUCAGUCAUGAAUAGACUUACAAUGGUGCUGAAAGUAUAUAAAUAUGACUGUUUGUAAAUUUUUGAGAAGUUUGCACUGUCUUAUGUUUGACGGAGAUUCAUGGUAUUUAGCAGUAUGCUUUUUUUGUUUGCGAUGGUGAAUGAGAUGCCAACAUGCAUGAGUUGGGGGAAAAAAGCUACCUUAAAAGGUAAACAAUUAGUUGCAUUCAGAUGUAUAUAAUUGCAAAACUCUUUGCACUUCAGUGUUUGCGUUAUGUUCGCUUUGAAAAAUUACCUUCCUGUUGUCAUGGUAUCGUUUUACCAUAGGUUUAAGUUUGGUGCUCCAAAUACUUGAGUACAUGUCCUUCGACUGGGUUUUUUACAAUAUGAACCAACAUUUGCCAUGUUGUCAGAACCACUGUCUGUUAGACCAUGCUUGCAUUAUGAGGAUAAGGAUUUGAUUUUACAUGCACUUUUCUUUGAUUUUUUCUGUUAUUGUUUAAUCAUUUCAGUAGUUCUUAUUGUAGAUUUUCCUAUCACCUGCCAAAAUCUAUAAAACUAUUUUUGUUGUAGGUUACCUUAAGCUAUGUAUUAACAAACAAAAAAAAAUUAACUAUUAUAAUGUAAAUCUAAAUAUGCUUUUAUUUCUUUUUUAAAUGGACUGUUUGUGCAUCAUCUUUAUUCUACAGAGAUUGCAGUACAAAUGUCAGUGGUGUAUCUAGGGAAAUCCAAUGCCCUGUAGCCUUAAAAAGGCCCUUAACAUCGUCCACUUAAAGGUCUUCUUCUAUUAAAAAUGUUUCUGUAUUAACAUCUACUUAUUAGUGGACAAGGCAAUAUUGCAUAAUGAGCAUAAAACCAAUGAUCUCUUUGAAGAGAUCCACUGCUGUUGUUCAGCAUGACAGCUAGGCACCAUAUACUCUGUGUUUUUUUCUGUGUGUGUGUGUGUGUGUGUGUGUGUGUGUGUGUGUGUGUGUGUGUGUGUGUGUGUGUGUGUUGGAGUAUGAUUAAUUUAAUAUGUGGGAUUAGAAUGAUGUCUGUUAGGCCUCAGGAGAGGCUGGUGCAGCGAGUAUAGUUAUUGUGAUUUGAGGGUGGGGAGGGGUUUGAUUUGAAAACAUGAAAAGAUAAAAGACAACAAAAAGAAAAAUGCUUGUAUUUUUCCUCAUAUUGUUAUUAAAUUCACCUUAGUAACCACAAAUAGAGUAUUAAAAAAAUGAUUGGUGUAUAUGAUAUAUAUGGUGAUUGUGCCUUUCACUGUUCUGCAUGGUUAUAAUGAUGUGCCGACUAUUUCAUCCAUUUGACAUUGGCAUCAGAGACCUAUGCAAAAUAGUAUGAUGGGUUUCCAGCAUCCGAUCAGAAAUGCAGGUACCAGACAAUAACAAUAAACACUCAGGAUGCAACUGCA